CCACCGUCCCCGCCGGCCUGGGAACCGGCCGCCGACGCGCCGUGGUGCCCCUACAAGGUGCUGCCCGAGAACCCCGAGGCGGGCGGCGGCCACCUGUGUUUUCGCAGCCCCGCGCGGGGCUUCCGCUGCCAGGCACCUGGCUGCGCGGUGCACAGCUCGGCCGGCCACUCGCUGCGCGCCAGCGUCCUGCGCAACCGUAGCGUUCUGCUGCAGUGGCAUUUGGCGCCGACCGAGGCGCGCCACUUGCGUGGAUUCGCGCUCAACUGCUCGUGGCGCGGCGCCUACACACGCUUCCCGUGCGAGCGCGUGCUGCUUGGUGCCUCGUGCCGCGACUAUCUGCUGCCCGAUGUACACGACGGCGUGCGCUACCGCCUGUGCCUGCAGCCGCUACCGCUGCGCACCGCUCCCGGGGCGUCCCCUGCACCCACCACGCCGCCGUUCACACCGGCCGAGUGUGUGGAGUUCGCCGCUGAACCGGCUGGCAUGCGGGAAAUUGUAGUGGCUAUGACAGCGGUGGGCGGCUCCAUCUGCGUCAUGCUGGUGGUCAUCUGCCUGCUGGUGGCCUACAUCACUGAGAACCUCAUGCACCCGGCCUUUGGGCGCCCCGGGCCACGCCGCCAGCCCUGA